CCCUGGAAGGAUGUAGGUGUAGGACUAUUCCUCCACAUCCCUCAUGUGAUGAAACUUCCUGGGAGUCUGUCAAUACAAUGUGGUCUUCAGUACUAACUGAUAACUCAAAUACACUGAGAAUAGCUUAUGUGUGGUUUAUGCUGUAUAUAAUUCUGAAAUAGGGUUUUAUUCUGUUUAUUACAAUGAAAUGGAGCUUAAAUCCAAUAUUGUGAUCCUUGCUAGCCUUUCUAAAUUCAUGGUAAUCUCUUUAGCAGUGGAAUGUGAUGUCAAAAGUAAUGAUUUCAAAUGAUAAACAGCAGGGGGUAAUGAACUUCUAAAAAAUAAUUUAUACAAAUGUUCUGACCCCUUUCCUACUGACAUAAUUUCCAUACAAAAGUAGAGCAUGUCAACAGCUCUUAGCUUUUUGCUGCUUAGAGGUGUUGGUAGCAAGAAUGGACUUCGUUUGGGCAUCAUGAUUGCACCAUAGCUGAAGUUGGCUCCUGAUCUCUUAACAUGUAAGCUGUUGUUUGAAUCCUGUAAUUCCAUGUUGAAUUGCUAUUUAGAUCCAGAAAUUGCAUCAUUCUCAUAUGUAUAAACAGAGAGUCUCUAGGGCUUCUGACUACUCUUCCCUUCACCCACUGUGCUGUAAUAAUGAUAUAUUUAAAUGAGCUGUCUGCAAAAUACACAUUCUUAAAACAAAUGAACAAUGUUGUUUAGAGGCAGUGGUAAGGUAGGAAGGCAAGAAAAAUAUUGAGGGAAUCAUCUGCAAAAUGUACUGUGGGACAGAAUGGCAUUGUAAGACUUGCUGCUACCUGGAUCUGGAAAAGCUCUGCUCUUUCCUUCUGCACGCUUGCUCCAGGUAAUUCUGAAGACUGAGAGAAGACCCAGGCAAGAAGGAAGAUGCUGCAAUUCAUUCCCGCUAUGGGAUUUUUAUUCCACCACUUCAGGAAAAAUACAACCAAGGCAAGUUAAUAGAGGCCUGAGUGAAUCUGAGAGGCAAGGGCAAGAAAGAAGAGGAAAAAAAAUGUGCACCUUAUAGGGGCCCAGUACAUCUUUCUGCCCUGCUGAUUUGUCAGCAUUUCUGGCUUAAAAAGGGGGAGCAGCCCCAGGUAGUCCGUGAAAGGUGUAGAGACUUCAAUCUGCAGUACAGCAAAGCCUGAAUCCAGGGAGUGCGCCGUGUGUGCUGUUCUGCUUAAUAACCACCCGCUCCCCGACACAAGUGACUUUGUGUGUAGCUCUCUGACUGUUUAUCCAGAGGACAGGUAUCCUUUCCUGCCCUGUGUGCAAACAGACCUGCUUUGCAAGGGAUGUAGUUGAAAAUUUCUUUCUCAAGGACUUUCCCACUGGUAAUUCAGCUAUGGCAAAGAGCUGCUCCACAUGUAAAGAGAAGAGACCUGCUCACAGUCUCUGUACAAGCUGCAAUAAGUGGUUGUGCAGCUCAUGUACAGAGGAACACAGACAUAGCAAGGAAACUGGAGACCACUUCCUGUCUGUAUCCCUGAAGGGCUGCACAGCAACUGACAAUGAAGCAAGUGAGCUUUCCUUAUUUUGUCCAGUGCACACUCAAGAGCCACUCAAGCUGUUUUGUGAGACCUGCGAUACCCUUACAUGCCAUAGCUGCCUUCUGACAGAGCAUAAGGAACACAGGUUCAGACAUCUUGAUGAAGCUUUGCAAAAUCAGAGAGUUAUCCUGGAAAAUGUCAUCACUGGAGUGGAAGAGAAAAAAAAAGGGAUUCAGGUUUCAGCUAAACAGAUUGAAGACAGGUUGCUUGAAGUAAAACACUUAUACAAAAAGGUAGAAAAUCAGAUAAAAAUGGCCAAGAUGGUUUUGAUGAAUGAAAUCAAUAAACGAACAAACAUCCUUCUUGAGCAACUUGAAAAAAUCACCAGUGAAAGGAAGCAGAAAUUGGAGCAACAACUGCAAGGUGUUGUGCUUUUAAGCAGACAGGUAGAACAUGUGCAGAACUUCAUCAGCUGGGCAGUGUGCAGUAAAAACAGCAUCCCAUUUCUCUUCAGUAAAGAACUGAUUGUAUUUCAAAUCCAGCGCUUGUUAGAAACAAAUUGUAACACAGACACAGACCCUCCUCUGAAGAUCAGAUUUACUUGGGAUUCUUCCUAUUGGACUAAACAACUGUCCAAUUUCGGGGCUUUCACUAUGGAAGGUGGACACAUUUCUCACUCAGAUGUACUAUGUGGAAAUGCACAAGGAUUACAGACCUUGUAUCAUGGGCACCAUGCACCAGCAUCACAGCUGGAGCCUGUAAAUAGCCAGCCACAUCAGUUUCCACCUGCCAUUCAAUGUCCUGCAUCUGUAUGUUGCUCACACUGCCUGAGCAUACCUCACCCAAGCAAAGCUCUGCCUUCUUACCAAGACAUAAACAGCCAUCAAAAUUUUCGACAGCCUCCUGAACUGCAUCAGCAGCACUUUCCACUGCAGUACAGCAUGCAGCAACAUGACAGAGAGCCAAGGGGUGACCCCCAGCCUAUGAAGCUAACACAGUCUGGGCUGGAACAGCAGUCACGGUCAGAGCCAGAGAAUGUGUCUGGGAGGAUGGGAAAGCACUUGUCAUCCCAGCAGCUGCAGCAGACUGCACCCCUGGGUUAUGCUGUUGUAUCUCAUGAAGCUCAGCAAGUACACACAAGCCAUCCACAGCCAUGCCGCACUCAGGCUUCCUUGCAGACAUCAACGGUGCAAGUGCAGCUUGGUCAUCUCCAGAAGAUAAAAUCUAACCACUUGCAGCAGCCACCACAGCAGCAGCAGCUGCCACCAGCAUCGCCACCAUCAGGUCAGAAUGAGAACACCCAUAAGCAAGUAAUUCAGCAGAGCCUGGACAUAAUGCACCACCAGUUUGAACUGGAGGAGAUGAAAAAGGAUCUGGAGCUUCUUCUGCAGGCUCAAGGACAGUCCAGCUUGCAGCUGAACCAAGCCAAGCCACCUCAGCAUGUUCAACAGACCAUAGUUGGUCAAAUCAACUACAUAGUGAGGCAGCCAGCCCCAGUUCAGCAACAAAUCCAAGAGGAAGCACAAGUCUGUGAGAGUUCCACUGAACUUGAUGCCCAGAAGCCUGUAAUUCCUCUUGACAAAAGUGGUAGUCCCUCCCUAUCACAGUCACUAGAAGAAGCCAGUGUCAGCAGUCAUUCCCCUGAGAGCACAUUGCAACAAUCAUCUUUCCAUCCAGUGAGAAAGCAUUUGGCAUCCUUAAGCGUUGUGGGCUUUUCCAACGGUUUAGAAAUGGAACUACCUUCAAUGAGGUUAUCUAGCUCAGCUGAUCCACAGAUGCAAGCUGCAGCCGCUGAAACUCUUUGCCCAUCCCCAAGCACCCUUGGUGAUUGUGGUACUCCGCCAGAGUCAGUGCCCAGUUGCAGCUUGGUGUUGGGCAGAGCUCCAAGUGACCUGAGCCCUGCAGCUGCCGCUGGCCAUGCACCAGGUGAUGCACUCCAGGGCAGCACUAAGUGCAAGCUGGAAAAUGAAGACUCCAAUAUUGUAGAUCAUCCUCUAGAAAACAGCUUGGAUACUGCUGGGCAAGAUGUAGUUAAUGAAUUAACUCUUUCUAUGCAAAAAGUGCUGGAAGAACCUAUUAAUCUUUCAAUCAAAAAACGUCACCAUUGCACUUCUUCUUCUGAACUGCACAGUAACACUUCUUUCCUGCCCAUGAAUGCCAGAAUGAGAGAACUUAGAAUCAAAGAAGAUUCCAAUAACUGUGAAAAGGAACAUUUUGAAAUGGGUAUGAAAAGCAAUCAGAAUGUCAGACCUUGCUCUAAGGAGCAGAAAAUCCCCUAUGUGCGACUGGAACGUUUGAAAAUAUGUACCUCAGAAGUGGGGGACCUCCCAGUGUUUAAGCUCCAGCCAAAGGGCAAUGAGCAGGAGGGCGAUUUGCUGCUGAUAAUUGAAUGUGGGACCCAAUCUUCAAGUAUGGCUAUAAAGAUAAAUAAACAUAGUCCACCUGAAGGAAUGAAAUCCAAAGAGGAGAACUCAGAGGACAGAAAAUUUCUCAUAGCCCAGGCUGCAGGACAGAUACAAUCUCUUUCUGUAGAUACUCCAUCUGUUGAUCAGCAGCUCAGCAAUGGCAUCUCCACCACAAAAAAAGCUCCAGUUUCUCAGGAAGCCAAUGCAAUUGAAAAUGAGGAUUUCUGUGCUGUGUGUCUUAAUGGAGGAGAACUAUUGUGCUGUGAUCAUUGCCCUAAGGUCUUCCAUCUCUCCUGCCAUGUUCCAGCCCUGCUCAGCUUUCCAGUUGGAGAAUGGGUGUGCACGCUUUGCCGUAAUCCAGUGAAGCCGGAGGUAGAAUAUGACUGUGAAAACACUCGCUACAGCCACAGCAAUAAUGCUCAAUAUGGCCUUGAUGACUGUGACCAGAAGAAGUGUGAAAAGCUGGUGCUUUCCCUGUUCUGCAGUAAUAUGAGCCUCCCAUUUCAUGAACCUGUCAGCCCCUUGGCUCGGCAUUAUUACCAGAUCAUAAAAAGGCCAAUGGAUUUGUCAAUCAUACGAAACAAGCUGCAAAAAAAGGACAAGUCCCACUAUUCUGCACCUGAGGAACUUGUGACUGACGUGCGUCUUAUGUUUUGGAACUGUGCAAAGUUCAAUUAUCCAGAUUCAGAGGUUGCUGAGGCUGGACGAUGCCUAAAUGUAUUCUUUGAGGGCAAACUGAAGGAGGUUUAUCCAGAUAGACAUUUUCCUUCAAUGCAACAAGACGACUCUGAUUCUGAAGAGGUGGAGAGCCAGGAAAACAAAAUGCUACCCCAAGAUUUUCAGUGGCCAUCAUACGGACAGGAGUGCAUUCAGCCUAAAAGGAGACGACGCCAUGCUGAAAGUGAAAAAAAAAAUAAAAGAAUGAUGUUUCAGCCAGCUAACAGCCUUCCUCAGGUAUGACCUCCUCAAGAUAUGAGAUUUGCUAUGAGGAAUCCAGCAGCAUAACUGACAGAGUUAAGGUGUGUGGGAGGAAAGCAAAGCAUUCGGGCUGUUUAUUUAAACUCUCCUAAUCUGCUGACCAUAUGCCUUAUUUCUAGAUUUUGUGGAUACAUAACAGAUCCAAAGUGUUUGAAUCUGUCAAUAUUUAAUCUGAUAAACCAUGUAUAUGUUUUGCAGUGUUUACACUGAAGUACUAAUGUUUUGGUGAUAGGUAAUGAUGAUUAAUAAUGAAAGUAACAUGCUAAUAAUAUCUAAUACUGCAGAACUGUUUUAUAACCUGUUCAGCAUGACAUCUC